CCUGUCCCGGCCGCCGCAGCGCGCCCCGCACCCGCUCAGGAGAGUCCACGGGAAGUCCGCAGCAGCCACCGCGCCGAACCAGCCGCACGUCGGACGUCCUCGUCAAGCCGGUCUUCUCUGCAGCAGCAUGGCGCUGGCCAAGACCGUGGUGACGGUGCUGGUGCUGGCCCUGGCGCAGCCCGGCCCGCUGCACGCCUACCCCGUGCCGGCGGACGGCACCGCCUUCUGGAAGCUCAUCACCAGCUUCGGCGCGGCCAUCUACGGCGAGCCCAGCGAGCGCACGGGCGAGCUGGUCAAGUCGUUCAAGCCCGAGUCCGGCAUGAACCCCGAGGAGCUGGGCGAGUACACGCAGGGCGACAUCCUGUUCACCAACAAGGGCGCCGCCAACGCCGGCCUGGGCCGCAACGGCCUCAAGGCGCCCUCCGCCCGCUGGCCCGGCGCCGUCGUCCCCUUCGAGAUCUCGUACGGCUUCUCCAACUCGGACCGCCAGAUGAUCCUGAACGCCAUGGAGGAGUACCACAAGCACACGUGCAUCCGGUUCGUGCCUCGCCGCGGCACCGACUACGACUACCUGUACAUCACCAACGGCAACACAGGGUGCUGGUCGUCCGUGGGCCGCGUGUCCGGGCGGCAGGAGGUGAACCUGCAGUCCCCCGGCUGCCUGACGAAGAUCGGCACGCCCAUGCACGAGCUGAUGCACGCCAUGGGCUUCAUGCACGAGCAGAACCGGUGGGAGCGCGACUCCUACGUCACCAUCAACUGGCAGCACAUCCAGUCAGGUCGUAACAACAACUUCGACAAGGCCGACCAGUCGACGACGGACGGCCAGGGCGUCAACUACGACUACCGCAGCGUCAUGCACUACUCGGCCAAGGCCUUCACCAAGGACGGCGCGGACACCAUCUCUGCCAGGGGCUACGGCGGCGAGCUCGGCCAGCGCGACGGCUUCAGCGCCGGCGACAUCAAGAAGCUCCAGACCAUGUACAAGUGCGUGGGCAGCAAGACCAUGCUGGAGGACUGAGCGCCUCCCCGACGCCGCCCGGCGCGCCAACGACUGAGACCGGCCGCGCUGGAGCAGGAGAAGAAGAGGAGGGUCCUCGA